GCUUUAAAGUCUGAGUGCAGAGCCAUGGAUUUGGCAAAGAACUAGGGAAAAGUGCGUGUUUAGGGACGAUCUGUUUCAGGAAAUCUUAAACCACACAAUUUCAAAUAUUCAUGCUGUAGAAUGUAAGUUUUUAUUGUUUGCUCUCUUAUUUUUUUGUACUUAAGAUAAAUUUGUCUCUUAAAACAGUUUUUUGGGGGAUAAGCACGUUCCUUGAACAAAGUACAUCCCACUGAAUUUCCAGUGGGAAUUCAAAUUAUUGUUUGUUGGCUGUCUGUCCAUGUGCGUGGUCGUAUCCCACAGUGGAGGUGAAGUAAACUGUUCCUCAUUCAGUGAUUCGUGAUUGCCACUCGCACUAGUGCACCCAAAAAGUAAAAGUAAGGCUUUAUAUAAUGACAUUUACUAUAGGGCAUUUUACACACAGGAACUUGUUACUUUACAGCAGUUUUGGUGUCCAAGUCCUAAUGUUGCCCCUGCCUUGGGUUAAUCAUUUUCAGAAUGUUGAUUUUAGAGCGCUUCAAAAAUUUGCCACUUGAAUCAGGCACGUGUGCCUACCGGUUGAGAGGAUUAUCUGAAUAGUGAAUGUGAAGGGUAAGCGACAAGCCCUGCUGGCAGUGGCACUUGUGUUUGCAGUAGGCUGUGGUAUGUUGGCAUAAGGGUGCUUGAACGAGUCAGUGGAGGCAAUGAAAAAAUGCUGUGGAGGCGGAGUUGUUUAGAGGAGAGCUUAGCAGCAUGAGAAAUUCGGUCUCAAUAUUCUGAUAAAAACAGAGACCUACGUACCACUGUAGAAAGUCUGGUGAGGAACUCUAUUAAAUGUGUAAGUUCAGUCUAAAAAGUGCUCAUGUCAGAGCUCCCUGAAGAUGUGUGGCUCAUACUGCUUCAAACUGUCUGGACAUUUGUUGUUUAACUGCUGAAGCUUUCCUACCACUUGUUUCUUUCUUGAAGCCUUAAUCUAUCGAGGGAUCAGAAUUGGCUGCUAUGGAAUCAAGACCAACUAAAACAUGAGAAGAUGUAUUCAAGAUGAUCCAACCAGAAGAUUUUUCACUUCAUAGAAAUCUUAUUUUUGUUUAAUAUGUAAUAUAAUUUCACAAAGCCAAAUUCAGUUGCUUUUCUUGAAAUUAAGACACGCCUGUGGCCUUCAUCAGAAAUGUUUCUAACAUUUUCAAGAAAAAAUAUGUCCCAGAAACUGAGUAUGUUUUUACUAGUUUUUGGAAUCAUCUGGGGUUUGAUGUUGCUACGCUACACUUUUCAGUAUCCAAGACGCCAAAGCAGUGCUGAGUUGCGUGGACAGAUAUUAGAUCUCAGUAGAAGAUAUGUCAAAGCACUGGCAGAAGAAAAUAAAAACUUAAUGAAUGGUGGCGGUGGAGCAUCUAUGGCAGGAUAUGCUGAUCUUAAGAGAACAAUUGCUGUUCUUCUGGAUGACAUCUUACAACGCCUGGUGAAACUGGAAAACAAGGUUGAUUACAUUGUUGUGAAUGGCUCAGCAACAAAUACCACUAAUGGAACUAGCCAUCAGGCACCAGUAACUUCAAACAAACGUGUAAAACCAGCCAGCAACAUUAGAUAGCAAACAGGGCUGCUUUGUGUUGCUACAUCUGUGAUGGGUAAUAUUUAAGAUCAGCUUUUUAUCUCUGGCUAAGGCAAAGCAGUAGUUGACUCUAAAAGAAGCAUAAACUAUUCUGUUAUACUAUGUGCUGGAUCUGUGUAGGCCUAACAUAUGUGCUUAGGUUCUCAAAGCAUUAUUUCAUUGCCUUUGAGCAGUACUUCUGAAGUGAUCUUUGUUGUCUUUAAAGAUAUUUUGAUAUCAUGAUUUGAUGUAGUAUGCCAUUGGAUAAUAAAACUUUGUGGAAAGCAGUGGGGAACUUAUAGGUAGGUUUAUAAAUAUAUUUAUUUAAGUAUGAAUAUAACAUAUUUUUUGGAUAGGUGAGAAGCAUUGUAGCUUAUUAAUUUUUUGUGAUCUACAUUUAAGCCAAGGUAACUGAGGAAAAUGCGUCGUUAAGCAGAUGUUAGAAAAUGUAUAUACUUAAAAUAUUUUGUUACUUAACUACUAAACAAUAUUAAAUUGAGGACAACAUUGGUGGUAAUAUUUUAAAAUUGUGACCCAAAGAAUGUCUUUAUUUGCACUAUCUGUCAGAAUAGUUAAAGAGAAUUUACUGUAUAUUUAAGAAAAUUAAUUAUAAUAGGAAAAUAUUCUAGGUAGUAACACUGUCCAGGUUUAUCUUUGUGCCAGAGUUAAGGCAAUUAGAUUAUCAAAAGCAAAUCAUAAUCUGUGAUAUCUUAGAUGAUUGUUUCUUACAAAGAUAUUUAAGUGUAUGUAUUUUGUAAUUGCAGAUGAAAUUAUUUAAGUGACCGAAAUAAGUUUUGGAUAUGCAAAUACGGUUUAUUUUUAUUCAUUGCUGUUUGUUUUAACAAUUUAAUACCUUGCAAUUUGUGAUGAGUAUAGCACAUGAUCUCUCUGAAUUGCUUUCUUGAUCAGAAGGAAAAUCAGUGAAGGGAAACAAGGCAUCUCUGCAUUUAACAGAGUUAUAUAUACUAAGGGUGUCCAGUCAUGGAGUAUUUGAGAGGUAAGGUAGUAUUUGCCUUAUGUCUAAGUUAGUCUUACAACAAAGUGAAAUGCAUUCAGCAUGGAUGCACUGUAUUUCAAAAUGUUCCUGAAGUCAUAUUUAAGUGCCACUGAACCUGUUUUUUAAAUCAUAGUGAAUGUUUGGUGGGGACAGAGGAUAUGUUCAGGGACUUUUGCCAAAAGUGUCCUGUGAGUGGGGUUUUGGGGGUGGGUAAAACCAGAGGUGCUGGAUGAUACACCAUCCAGAGUUAUGUGUUUUUUCUUUUCUUCUGUUUCCCUGCUGAUAUUCUUGAUGGUUAUAAAAGAAAAUACACUUGCAACCUUCAUUAGUAUCCAGAGGAUUUUUUUUGGUCACAAUGUGUGUAAACAUGUACUCACUUCAAUGCAGAAAGAGAAAUAAAUUUUUAAUUGUACUUGUAAA